AUGGCAAUGGCGACCCGCGACGUCGAAAAAGAGAAUGCCGUUCAGAACGAGGCGUCCCCCCGCGUUGCGGGCCCUGUCAGCGGCGGCAGCGGCGGCAGGAAGCGAACGACUGGCUGCGCAGCCGCAUCGCCCGGCCCAGCAGCAUGCGCGGCAACCGAUGAAGAGCCCAAGGGCGCUGACGGCAGCGGCGGCGGCAGUGCGCAGCCGGAGGGUGUCAGCAUGGAGGGGCUGCCAAGCUGGUGCGAUCGCCCGCUUGUCACGCGGGAGCACUUCCCCGAGGAUGCUGUGGUGGAUGCGUUUUGCCUCCUGCCUGGGCACCCGCUGCUGGCACUGGCGGCGGAGGGCCAGGCGCCGCUGCUGGGCAAGGUGCUGGAGAAUGGGGGCGACCCGGAUGCACGCGACAGCCGCGGCUACACAGUCUUGCUGGAGGCUGGCGCAUCGCUGCAAGUGGUCGAUGCGGCGGGAAGAACGGCGGGGGAGCUGGCUCAGGCGGCAGGUCAUGCUGACGUUGCGGACAUGCUGCGGCAGCACGAGGAGGUGCAGCGUGCACUGCGAGAGCAGCGGCUAAAGCAGCUGGAGCACAGCCAGGAGCAGGCAGAGAUGGUUGAUGCCGCAUGCUGA